UUCUAAAAGUGACACGGAAGGGAAAAAAAUGGUGUCACUAGUCACCACAGCCACAAAGUUAUAUACCCCGUUUAUGAUUUCAGACCAAACCCUAACCUCAACCCUUACCUUAACUACACUGCUAACCUUAUGUCUAACCGUAACCUUAUAGCACAUUUUUGUUUUCAUUAAUUUUUUACCGUUAACUUUGUGGCUGUGAUAACUAAUGAAAACGACAACAAAAAAUACUCACAGGAAGUCGAUUGCUAACUACGUUAGCUUUUCCGCUGGGUUUAUUCUGUCAAGCUGCUCAUAUCUGAACAUACAUUUUGUGUGAGCUUCUGGACCAAAUGACAGCGACUCCGUUGACUGCAAUUGUUUUAUCUCGCCGCAUGCAGUUAAAUCGCUAAAUGAUGGGAGAGAGAGUGUGUGUAAUGGUGGUGUGAUCCUGUGUGUCUCUGUGCCAUGGAGAAGCCGUGGAGGCUGUGGGGCUCGGUGGAGCGCUGUGCCCUGGCCUUGGCCUCCUGGUCCUGGGGUGCCUGUCGCAUCUCCCUCCUGGCCCUCAUCCUCACCUUCCACCUCUACGGAGGCUUCUUUCUCCUGGCUCUCAUCCUGGCCUCAGUGGCCGCCAUCCUCUACAAGUUCCAGGACGUGCUGCUCUACUUCCCCGACCAGCCCUCGUCCUCCCGGCUCUAUGUGGCCAUGCCAACAGGCAUCCCCCAUGAGAACGUCUACAUCCGCACCAAGGACGGCGUGCGCCUCAACCUUAUCCUGCUCCGCUACACUGGCGGAGACAGCCUUGAUAACCCCGGGGUCGCCCCUGUCAACGAAUCUAACCCUGCCUCCACGGCCCCACCCACAAUCCUUUAUUUCCACGGCAACGCAGGCAACAUCGGGCACCGGGUGCCCAACGCUCUGCUGAUGCUGGUGAACCUGAAGGCCAACGUGGUGCUGGUGGACUACCGGGGGUAUGGGAAGAGCGAGGGCGAGCCCAGUGAGGACGGCCUGUACCUGGAUGCCCAGGCCACGCUGGACUAUGUGAUGACCCGGCCUGACCUGGACAAGACCAAGGUGAUGGUGUUUGGCCGCUCUCUAGGUGGUGCAGUGGCGGUUCGCCUGGCCUCGGCCAACCCUCACCGUGUGGCGGCCAUCGUGGUGGAGAACACCUUCCUCAGCAUCCCCCACAUGGCCGCCACACUGUUCUCCUUCCUGCCCAUGAGGCUGCUGCCCCUGUGGUUCUACCGGAACCAGUUCCUGUCCUACAGACAGGUGGCGCUGUGCCGGAUGCCCUCGCUGUUCGUGUCGGGCCUGUCAGACCAGCUCAUCCCGCCCGUCAUGAUGAAGCAACUUUACGAGCUGUCGCCGGCACGGACUAAACGUCUGGCCAUCUUCUCUGAGGGCACGCACAACGACACAUGGCAGUGCCAGGGCUACUUCGCCGCACUGGAACAGUUUGUCAAGGACCUGAUGAAUAGCCACACCCGCGAGGAGAGCGUCCAGUCCACAGCCAGUGUCACAAUCAUCUAGUGUAGAGAGAGGAAGAGUCUAGAGAAAACCCUACAAUCAUCUAGUCUAGAGAGAAGAAGAGUCUAGAGAAAACCCUACAGUCCAUACUCCCUACGUACGUGUGUAGAUCCAAAACCAUUGAAUAGGUGUAAUAAGCAGCAAUAUGGCUCAGGACAUGUGAAGCCAACCACUGCCAUAUUGCUUAUACCUGUCUAGUUGUUUCUGAUCUACUUGGUGUCUAUGGUAGGGUAGCAGUAACUAGGCUGAGCUACUAGGGUCAGGUUGGAGAGAAUGUUCAUUUCUACACUUUUGUUUUGGUUUCAUCAUGGUCUUUUCCCAUAGUAACUGUACCAUAUAAAACAAUUGGGGAGUACUUUAGGUGUGGGGGGUGUUUGGGGUUAAUGGGGGGGGCGAUUAACAUGGAAAUGUCUUCAUAAGUCUAUUUGUGUGUGAAAUAUGACUGCAGUGGGUGGACAUGUACUUGUUAUGGCCUUUUUUGAAUCAUUUACAAACCAUACACAACUUUGAUCAUCCUGUCAAACACAACCACACUUUUAAAAACACUUUAAAAAGAAAAUAAACUACAGGAGGCAAAGCUGCACCUGAACUGCCAGAACUCAAUGACAAUGUUUAGCUGACAUAAUAGCAUUUCAGUAAAUCAAUAAGACAUUUCUGACUAAUAUGAUAGUGUUUCAGUAAUUCAAUCAAUUAAAAAGUGUGUUUAUUUUAAUUGUGUAAUCUGUUAUUUCAUGACACGCUGUUUAAAGUUACAUGCGUGAGGAUCUUAUAGGCAUCAUAGUGUCCUUCUAGAUUCAUAUUGUAUUACAGAAAAUCCUGUUCAUAUCAGCCGAGAGAGAGACAAUAUGAUACAGCCCAUAAGGCACUAUGUAUAUGGCACUCUGAAAAGGAGCAUGCACAACCUGAAUGUUUCACUCCCAAACUAUUUUGUUGUUGUAAAUGGCCAGAUGAUAUUCCAAUGUUGCAUAAAUCCCAUUCUACACUGUAUAUUCUCUGAUAAUAAAUGUAAACGUCUAUGUGGCUGGAGCUGUGGUCAACUCUUUGCAUAGUUUACCCGGUUGCCAACACCAGGGCUUUCAGACGGAUGUGACCAUUAGAUUGUUACUGAUAGAACUGUACUAUAAAGAACAGACAUAUGUUCUGAAUUUCGACAUGCAAGGCUUGUCUGUCUGUACAAUACAUUUUUAUCUGCAUUGUUCUGAAUUCUGCACACUAUUAAAAACCAGAAGACCCUCACCCAAAUACCAUGGCCUGGGAAAAACCUAGCUCUGUUAGCUUCCUGUGAAAGUGAAGGACACUUUGUGGGAUAGAGUGUGUGUUAUGUAUGUGAAGGUUACAUUUUCAUCUCUGUGUUUGUACCAUGAGACUUGUGUUACUAAGUUGUAUUAUUUGUGUUAUUCUAUUCUUCUCAAUGUAAUGAUUGUUCCGUCAA